AUGAUUAUCGCCAGAAAGUUUUUGUUGGCGUGCCUGGCGUUGGGGGCAACAUCCGCCCGCAGCACCAAUAUUGUUUCAGUGGAAAAUGAUCAUAGUCACGGCCGUGAAAGUUUCGUCGACAACGAUGGCGUGAGAAUUCACUACCGGUCAUACGGCUCUGGACCUCUUCUCAUUCUACAACACGGCUUCCCAGACAGAGAGACGACCUGGAAUACCUUUCAAGUCCAAGAGUUUGCAAAGAAAUACACUGUUGUGACUCCCACACUGAGAGGCUAUCCACCCAGCGAUGUCCCACCGGAAAAGAAAGAUUAUGCUGGUGCCGCCUUUGUUUCCGACAUGUUGGCGGUGAUUAGAGCAACCGGCAAAGACUCUGCUGUCAUUGUGGGACACGAUGUUGGAGGCGGCAUCGUGCAACAGUUUGCUUCGGCGCAUUCGGAUAUGGUCAAGGGCCUGGUCAUGGUCAACACACCAAUUAUCCCAGUUUUCUUCUCCCUGAUUGAGUUUGACAGCCACCAGCAACAGCUCUCGGAAUACACAAUACCAUACUUUGCAUACCAGCCAGGCCAGCCGAAAAAUGUUUCCACCAUAGUCCAGCACAUCUUGAACGAAACAUAUCGCGAUGAGAUUGCAGACUACCUGCAAAAAUCCCCUCUCUAUGGGAUGCUUGACUUUUACAGCGAAAACUAUCCUGCGCCUCCAUAUGGACAAAAUCUCAGUACUGAGGGCUUGACUCAAACUGUACCCAGCGCCAUUAUCUGGGGAGAGCUCGACCCUUAUUUUAGUCUAGCUAUGCUCAAUGGCCUCACAGCCUGGUUUGACUAUGGAUUCAGAUUAGUCACAAUUCCAGGAGCGGGUCAUUGGUCAUUUAGAGACGAGCCGGCUCGAUUCAAUGCUGAGUUAGAGUCUUUUCUCGAUAUCCUUGAGUACUAG